GUCACUAUGGUUGCCGAAUGAGGCGACUAUGAAAACAUGAUAUYACGGUCUUGACUUACUACCUCCAUGCAGAAAAACGCAAAAUGACCAGCGAAGAAGUGUGUUUACUUCUUGGGGCAACUGGUGUUGGAAAGACUUUGUUACUUAAACGCCUACAAAUGAUCAGUUUACAUGGUUCGUGCGAAAUGGGUUCGCCUCCAUCGACUCUUCCCACAGUAGGAACCAACCUAACAGAYCUGACCUUGAAAAAGAAGAAGGUGACAGUGAGGGAAAUUGGAGGCUGCAUGGGGCCUAUAUGGCCCAGUUACUUCCAGGACUGCUUCUCUGUUAUUUUCAUGGUGGAUUCAGCCAACACUGUCCAGAUAUCCUCCUCCUGUAUCCAGUUGCUGUCUGUGCUCUCUGCUGAGCCKCUGCGCAGUGCCUCUGUGCUUAUUCUCUUCAACAAGAGGGACAUGCCUUGCAUCAUGAGCCUCACAGAGAUAAAGUCACUGUUCAGAAUGGAUGACAUCAUCGCAUCGGCUCCUCAGCCUAUCACAACGCUGGAGGCCAGUGCCCGCUCUGGACAGGGUUUGCAAGAGGUGCUGGGCUGGCUGGAGUCUGUCACAGUCAAGUGACGUGUGUUUGAGAUUUUACUGAGAUGUUCCUCUGAGAGCUCGGAGAAACCUUCUAGAGACUUUACAUCAAGAUUCUCAGUCUACAGCAACAACCCUGAUUUCAGGUGAUUUGAUGCCACAUUUAAUGCUGGUCAAAGAAAAGGAUAACGGGCUGCGAACCUUGUAAGAUGUGAAAUUCAAGAGGGAAAUGUGUCCUAUUAUUUGCUGGAAAAAGGACAUGAUUCUAUGAAAUAAUCAUUGUGAUGUUGGCUCAGUAUCAUCAUUUAGGUUACAUCUACCAAUUUUCUUUUAUACAAGUCGCUCCAACUAGUUCAUUCUUGCCUGAUGAGAGGUAAUCUAAGCUAAAACUAAAUUUAAUGGAUCCAAAUAUGGAUGUGAGUUUGACUUAAACUCUCUUAAGUUUUAACGGUUUAUGAAUGAGGGAGAACAAGGAGUGUGACUUAUCAAUAAAAGUACUAUACGCAAAGACAGUUUACUACUGGUUCUAGCGGUUCCAAUUACAAAUGAUUAAAAGCUUAUUGUGCAAUUACAGAUUGCAUAAAAUUAAUGUUAUCACAUUUUGCAUAUAAUUAGAAUAUUGUUAUAAAACAUCCCGACUAACGAGCGAGGAAACCAUUAUGCAGAGAAAGACACAAAAAGAAGUACAAAUGUUUGCAGAAACAGUCAGAAGUAGGUCGCAGUCGCUCUGAGAUGAUGUGCUGUGUAGAGGAAAGCAAAGUACAACUCUUCAUGUUUAUUUAUAGGCCAGAAAAUGAAGGCCACUAUAAAAAAAAUACAGAGCUAGAUAAAGGUACGCCUAUGGAUGAAAUGGAUAAUUUGUUAGGUGUUGAUAAAAGUGCAGAGGGAAGAUUCGUCACUAAAAUUAGUUUCUGGCAUAAAUCUAAGUUCUUUCAGCAGAACAAUGACUUGAAUCGCACAUAAAGCACAAAAAGAAUGGAUUACUGAGGGGGGAAAAGUGGACCGUUUAAAAACCUGGCCGUGGAUUAGUCGUCUGUUAAAUCUAUCUUGGAGCUAGCACAAAACCAAAAUAAUAUAACAAAUAAAACAAACUGCUCAUGGUCAGGACUUGGUCAGUGAAUCUUUUCCYUCCAUUAAGUUUUCCUACUUUUUUCAGAAAUGACCAUUUGUUAUGUUCACUCACGGUGGAGUGCCACCGUCUGCUGCACAGAUGCUGAAUCAGCUAUCCAGUCAAUAUAUAUUACAUUCCUGUAUUUAAAGUUAUUUUUCUAUAGGUUUUCUUUAGCUGUAAGUAAACAGUGGAAAUGACUAAUGAGUAUAACGAAUCUAUACAAGCUUCUUUUAUAUUCGAAUUUAUAGCAUUUUUUUUUUCAAUGAUAUUAAAAUUUAGUAAGAUGCAGCCAUUUAUGUGGCAACUUGUUUAUAUACCAUUGUCAGUAUUGGGGUACAGCAUAAAUGUAAAUGUAUUUUUUGACAAUAUCUAUACUUUUUUUCUUCAUUGGUCUCUCGAUUUAAUUAAACUGAUGCUACCAA